AUGUUAUUAGUUACACAGAAGAGCAAACACGGCCCGGGCCAAGUUCGUAGUACCGGGCCGUGUUCUAUGGGACAUGCGAGGACGGGCGCGCCGGUCCUAGUGGACCCGCGCGAGCCGCGAGCUCAGCAUGAGCAUUGCGGCGCUGGCCGUCCUCGUCUUCUGCGUCGUCGUGCCCGCAGUGUUCGCCCUCACCACGAUGCGUUCCUCCAUCAAUUCCUACGCCGGCCCGUUCACCAUUCUGUUCAAAGAGGCGACCCAGUGCCCCGAAGGCACCGUCACCCCGGGCCGCUUGGUGGCCAACCUGACGGGCGCCCUCCACCACUCGAAGUUCACCAAGGCCGCGGUGUUCGACGGGCUGGCCCUCGUGACGAGGGACGUCGACUUCGGCGACCUCGGGCUCAAAGUCGCCGUCGCCAAGUGGGACAGCGUCGCCGGCUGGAGGGAGAACUUCUUCCGCAUGGACGGCGGCGAGUACUGCAACGUGAUGGUCUCCAUCGGGAGGGACGCCGCCUCGGUGGUGAACCGCAACAACCCCAAGUUCCCCAAGAGCUGCCCGAUCCCCAAAGGUACGUACAUUUUCCACAAUCUGAGCACCGAGCUUCUACAACGCUGGGAACACUUUCCAGUCUUCCCCUACGGCCGGUUCAGAGGAGACAUGAUUUUUUAUGAUUUGAAAUCCAAGCAAAACAUAGUCGGAUGUUUCAGAGGGGUCAGCGAUAUUGUUCCGAAAGUGAAAAAAAGUUGAUAAUAAAGUUUAAGGAGCGCAGCGUCUUAAGUUCAAAAAAAGUAAACACAUAAAUCAAAUUUAUUUCACCACUUAUUCCAACUCUAAUCUAUGUUAGCAAUUUUUGGUGCUUCUCCGCUUGCUUUUAAAGCUACCCCCACUAUCACUAUCCUCUUCCAGACUCACUCCACUUCCGGUAUGAAAAACUAAGCCGAACCCCAAAACGACUGUCAGUUGUCACAUUAUGUUGUUGUUGAUUAUUGUUUUUGUUGUUGCUUAAAUGUUGUGGUGGAGUAAAUAUUGUUAAAAAUUCCUGAAGAAAAAUACAAGCCGAGAGGCUUGUAUAAUUGUACAUUGACUUC